AUUGCCGCAUCGUAUGCAAAUCAAGUGUACAUGUUUGAACCUGUACCAACUACAGUCAGUAAGGUAGACUCUAAACAUCUUUCAUAUGAAUGGAAACAAUUUAGUUCUUUUAAACUGGACUCACUAGCAAGCAAUCUGUCUUGGAUUCAGGAUGGGUCUAAGUUGCUAACAGGAAGUGAUUCCAUUCAGUUGUGGGCAUGCUCCGUGGCAGCAGACGAGACACCGGAUAGCGAGACCAGUGCUACAGUCGGCUCACCAGAGAGUAGCUCUGCCAGCAACAAUGCAGUUUGGGAAUGCAUUUGGCAAUGCAAAACAGCAACACCUAUAUAUCAUCUCAAAUUUUCACCUGAUGGACAAUAUUUUGCAUCUGCUGGAAAGGCGGAUAGACUUGUAAAAAUUUGGCACCGUGCGAGGAAAGCCACCUUAAACGCCACAGUAGCUAAUCCUGUCACAGAGUGUUCAGAUGAAAAGUAUUCAUUUGUUUAUAUCGCCCAUCCGAGGGCCAUCACUGGUUUCUCAUGGCGAAAGACCAGCAAAUAUAUGCCAAAGGGAUCCGUUGCAAAUAUUUUGGUGACGUCAUGUCGAGAUAAUAUCUGCCGUAUUUGGUGUGAGACACUACUUCCCGAUCUCAACCUCUUUGAAGACAACUCUCAGCGUCCGGCAGGAAGCACUUUUGAAAUUGGCCGUCAACAUUCCUCAAUACGGAGGCCAACGUUCAACAUUAAUUUAAGACAUAGAAGGCGUAGAAGGUCUAGUGAGCAGUUGCAGGCUUCCAGAGGCCCUUUACCCAGUCAUGAGAAAGGGCAUGAAACGCAUCAUUUACUCCAGGAGAAUUUGCAAACAAAUGGUCAUGGCAUCUUACCUGUUCACUUUCAUAUUGCCUCUACCAUUAAUCCAAACACAGAUAUUCCACUGUUACCAGCUUUGAGCUCAAUGUCGGGUAGUAAAACGCCAAACUUUGUAGUCAACUGGUUAAACAACAAGGAACUUCAACUUACACUUGUUGCCGAGACCAUUCUACAAGAGAAGCAAUCCACAAACCUAGGCCUACACGACAGAAUAUUCCGAGAGCAGUCUAGUGAUGAAUCAUCUGGAGAUGAAGAUGAGCUGUCAACACCACCUUUUGAUGAAGAUGAAUUGAAUUCCAGAGAUAUUCCGGAUUCAAUUACUGCGCCAGAUACACUGCCACAAAUAACUGUCGAGAGACCAAGCACGCUAACACCGGGAAAUAACAUGAAGCGUGUAAUUUCUGAACCAAUAUUCCAAUCUCCGCAGCCCCAUCCUCUGGAUGACUUACAGAAACGCUUAGACUCUCUGAUGAGGGACUGGUACAAAUCAUCAGACAUGCUCUUUGCUAUCCAUCCUGUUGAUGGCUCGUUCCUUCUAUGGCUUGUCGACUACCUUGAUGAAACGUCUCCCGGUACACACCGUCAAGCACAAGUCAGUUUCUCUUGCAGGAUACCGCUCGCAUUUCCUGUGGGAGAUGCUACAACACUCUGCAGUAAUAUAGUAAUGUACCGCUCCAAUCUAGUUGUUGAUCCGAGAGCUAAUAAAAGAUUGAUAGAGCCGACAACACCUGGAAUGACGCCAAGUUAUAGUUUUUCUCAGAGACUGGGCCAGCUUCCGCCUGGUAUAAACAUUUAUGCAUUCACGCCUAAAGUCUGUAUGCUUUCAAAACAUAUAAAUGGAACAUUAAACCAAUGGGAGAUUAGUUUUGCUGAAACUUCAAAGUUUCAAACGGUGUUGAGCGUGUCGCAUAAAUCACGCUGUUGUGGACAUCGUUUCCGCUUGAAUGACCUGCAGUGUCAUCCUAUACUACCACUUUUAUUAACCACUUCACAUCACAAUCUGCCACAGGUGGAAGUAGAUCCUGAGAUCAUGCAGGGUCACACCAGACGUGGCUCCGUAACAGCUCGGAGAACCUCCUUAAUGAGAAGAUCUAGCUCGAUUAGUCUCUUUGGUAAAAGUAUACUCUCAGAGUCUGAACAUGUAAGGCUAUCAGCUCUUUACAACUCUACUUUAGAGGGAGCUAGCCGUGAUAACUUUGAUAGUGAUGAAGUGGUUGUCCCAGAUGCUCUGAUGGAGAAACUUAACAGCGAAAUGAACUGGCCCGAUAUGAGUGCUCCGACCGGUUUGUGCAGCGAACUGAUUCUAUGGCGAGUCUUCCCUGUCGGACCGCUAUCAAAAUCUGGUGGUGUAAUGGAGUUAGCACGUAUUAACUCGCCAUUCUUGAAUGCCUUUUCUCACGUUGCUUGGCUUCCCUGUCUUCUACCAAGUUCCUGUCUUGGUCUUUCAUCAAAUU